AUGGCUAGGCACAUAUCGCGAUCGCGACGAUUCGUGCUCGUGCUCGCGCUCCUCGCGCUCAACGCGCCGGUCGUGCGCGCGGGCGGCUUCAUCCACGCGGUCGAGUCGUGGUUCUCCCCAACUCUCGAUGAGGCGCCCGCGGCCUCGAGCCCGGACGCGCCCGCGGUGGAGCCCAUGGCGCAGAAUCUGCCGACACCCGACGUCAAGACCGUCGUGGACGAUCUGGUAACCGCCCGCGACUCGUCCAAGGCUCCGAAGACGCAGCCGCGCGCCGAGGACGCCGCAGCGGUCGAGGACAUGAUGAGGCGCAUCAAGGGCACCGACGGGCAGGUCGUCCUGCUCCACGGCGGCCUCGUCGACGGCGGAGACUCCGCGGCGGACACCGCGGUGCUCGCCGGCCUCGGUAGCGACGAGGGCCUCGUGUUCUGCCACCUCGCGCCCGCGCAAGGCGCCCAGGUCUCGCAGCUGGCCUCCCCCGGCCACGCGCUCGACGCGGGCGACGACAAGGCGUACUUCCACGGCGGCUACAGAGUCUGGGACCACGGCAAUGACUUCGAGGACGUCGACGAGGUGGCCGUGUUCGACGGGGCGAGCUCCAAGUGGGAGUGCACCGGCGAGGCGUGCCUCGAGGCGCCCGCCGCGCCCGAUGAGAAGGAGGUUGCCGACGAGCACCGCGGCGGGCGAAGCGCCGAAAAGGAAAAGAAGGUUCGAUCUUCGAAAUCCAAGAAGGUGGCCGAGCUGGGAGUCGAGCCCGUCGGCGGCCUGACCCUCGACGAGCUCUCCAGAUGGUACGACGCCCAGGAGGACAUCGAGGUGAAGCCCAUCCCUAAGGGCGGCCUAUCCAAGAAGGUGGCCGAGCUGGGAGUCGAGCCCGUCGGCGGCCUGACCCUCGACGAGCUCUCCAGAUGGUACGACGCCCAGGAGGACAUCGAGGUGAAGCCCAUCCCUAAGGGCGGCCUCAUGCCCGCGCCGAGGCUCGGCGCCGGACCCGUCGACGAAGCCGCCGCCGACGUCGGCGCUCGUCAAAACGCCGCCGUCUCUGGCAAGACUCUCGAGGACCUGCGCGAGUGGUACGAGUCCCAGGACGACAUCGACGUGCGUCGCGUGGCCAAGGACGGGUACAUGCCCAAGCCGGUGAGGCGGCUGCUCGCCAAGGCGCACGAGGCGAAGAAGGAGGAAAAGGCGAAGGCUGAGAAGGCUGAGUCCAAGAAGGAGGCCGAGUCCAAGAAGGAGGACGAGGUCGAGGCGUCCGCAAAGCGCUCCAGCAGCGUCGGCAAGAAGGAGGAGGAGCAGAAGAACGAGGAGCAGAACCAUCUGUCCUCUUCCCGCCCCUCUUCCCAUCCCUCUUCCCACGCCACUCCUCACUCCCGCUCCUCCUCCCGCGACUCCGACAAGAAGGACUCUGCGGAGGAGAAGAGGGAGAGGGAGGAACGCGAGGAGAAGGAGCGCGAGCACGCCGCCGCCAUCGAAGCCGAGCUCCACCCGAAGGUGCCCGUUUUCCCGGGUAAACGCGACGAGCACGUCGCCAUCGUCACCCCCAAGGCCAUCGCCCUGGACGAGGGCUCGAAUAAGAAGCAAAAGGCGCUCAUCGUCUUUGGCGGCCGCGACGAGAACGACGCGCGACUGGACACCAUGUACGCGCUCGGACUCGAGGACAGGCGGUGGCGCGAGAUCAAGUACUCGCCCCCUGAGCCUCCCGCUGCACGUCACGCCGUGCGCGCCGACGAGAAGAAGAAGAGCUCGGAGGGUAAAGGUAAGAAGGGCGGCGCCUCUGACGACGAACAAUCUCGCGCCGGCCCCGAGCAAGGCCCGCUCGGACUGCCCGACGUGGUCGCGCAGGCGCACGAGGACGGCAGCCUCUACCCCCUCGCACGCUCCGGCGCCACCGCGGUGGCCACCGACGAUAACGUCAUGUUCCUCUUCGGCGGCUUCGUCGUCGAGGGCCGGCUCGGGUUCAACGUCGGCGAGCUUCUCGCCUUUGACCUCGACAAGCGCGAGUUUUUCUACCCCAAAGUUUCCGGCGACCUCCCGGUGCGCCGGAACAAGCACACGGCGGUGGUGGACGACGAGAAGCGCAUGUGGGUGUGGGGCGGGUCCGUCUGGGAUCACACCGGCGGGUCGUCCGCGUACGCGUCCACGGCUACGCACUUUGCCGACCUCUCCGACCCGAGAAACGUCAAGUGGACCAAGGCGGAUACCACCGGUUUCCCCCCGUCGCAACGCAGGCUCCACUCGGCGGUGCACAAGAACGGCGUGAUGUACGUCAUCGGCGGCGAGGAUUACCACAGCAAGGAGUUCCUCGCCGACGUUCACGCGCUCGACCUUCGCACCCUGCGUUGGAGCCAGCCCCAUGUGGCUGGCGCCGCGGGCGGCGGGCGCAUUCGAGCCGCCGCCGUCGGUAUCAAAUUGGGGAACCCGGCGGGAGCGCUCGCGAGCUGCGGCGAGGGCACCCCGGUUCCCGCCAUCACCGGCGAGCUGCAGCCCAAGGACGACAAAGCCGUCACCGAGGCCAAGGAGAAGCAGCCCGAGCCCAGGGCUGGGGAAAAGACCGAGAAGGCUGCCGAAUCGAAGGCUGCCGAAUCAAAGUCGGAGAAGAAGCCGGAGGAGGAGUCCAAAACUGCGGACGAGGGCAAGAAGGAGGCCAAGCAGCAGCAGCAGCAGCACAAGGAGGCUGCGCUCGGCGUCGAGGGCGUGGACCACCGCGCCAUCGCCGCGGGCUGGAUGCCCCGCGGGAACGUCCUCGUCGAAUCCCAACGCCUCUGGAGCGUCGACCGCGACUCCGAGUCGAGGGUGCUCUCCAUCGCGUCCUCCCUCGCCAAGCUCGACAUCCCCGGCGUGCCCAAGCCCGUGCUCGUCCCCGCGCUCGGCAAGUCUCACCACGAGAAGGAGGAGUCCGACGAGAAGGAGGAGAAGGAGGAGAAGGAGGAUGACGACAAGGGCGCCGCUGACGCUCCGGCGCCGUCCGAGGAAGACGACGCCUACGUGGACCCCUUUGGUAACCCCGUGCGGCCGAUGGCUCCGCCGACGGAUCCCGAUCCCGACUACGCGGACGACUACGACAAGGACGACAAGAAAGACAAGGACGACAAGGACGACGAUGAGGAUCACCACCACCACAAGGACUCCGACGACAAGGACUCCGACGACAAGGACUCCGACGACGACGACGACGAGGGUCCCACCCCGGAUCCCGUCAUGCCGUGGGGCUUCGACGACGAGAAGGACGAUAAGGAUCACCACCACCACAAACACGAUGCCGCCCUCGGCGCCGCUCCCGAGCAGCCCGCCGCGGACGGCGAGGACGUCCAAGCCCGGAGCGAGGCAUCCCUGGGCGCGAGGGAUCCGAUGGCGCUCCUCGCCGAGGCGCGCCGCGAGGCUGACGCGGCGCGAGCGGCCAAGAUGCGAGCCAUCGAGGGGAUGAUGCGACGGACGUCCUCGUCCUCGGGGGGCGGCUACGGCGUCAAGGCGGCGUCCGCGGCCGCCGCGCUCGGCGUCGCGCCAGAGGAUCGCGACCGAGAGGACGCCGAGGUUGCCGAGGACGCCACCGCCGGUACCGGCAUCGCGUCGCUCGGCGCUCGCGUCACCGCGGAUGAGCGCGCCUCGGGGAUGGGCCGAGCCAAAGCCGCCGUCGGUGUCGGCGUCGUCGUCGCCGCCGUCGCCGCGUUUGGCGUCGUCGCCGUCGUCGGCGCGGUGACCCGGCUGGCGGCACCCGGCGGGAGCGACCGCGGGAGCGACGCGGAGAGGAUCCCGCUGGUGAUGCAGGGGCGCGGCGGCGGAUCCCGCGGGGGGGACGCGGUUGACGACGCACAGCUGGCGGCGACGGGCGAAGAGUCCGAGCACAGCUGGCAGAGACGCGCGGCGACGCGUUGGGGGACGCGACGCGCGAACGGCGACGUUAGGGACGACUGGGCGGACGUGGUGGCGAAACCGAAGAUGGCGUCGUACAAGUAA